AUGAAAAUUCACAUGGGAAACAUUGUGAAAGCAAAGAGACUGUGUCAGAAUUCAUUGGCGACGGCGUUUUCAAUGGACAGUCUGGUGAGCACAAGCGGAUUUCUGAGCACCAUUGCAUCAACAGAAGUUGUGGAUGGUGUGGACAGAUCUCCGGAUAAAAAACGGACCUAUGAAUUUCUUAAUAUUAAGUCAAACAACUCGGAACCACGCCGCAACAGCAACGGGAAGAUGAAGCAGUACAAAUGCAAACAGUGUCCACACAUCUCCUUUUCUAAGGAUGACCAAUGGGCACAUGCUCGUACUCACAUACCAGUUGACAAGCAGAUGAACUGCCCCACUUGCAAUUUCGUGACCGAAUAUAAGCACCACCUUGAGUAUCAUAUCCGAAAUCACAUUGGGAGUAAACCAUUUCAAUGCAAGAAGUGCAGCUACACAUGCGUGAACAAGUCGAUGCUAAACUCGCAUAUGAAGAGUCACACAAACGUCUAUCAGUUCAGAUGUAUGGAUUGCACCUAUGCUACUAAAUACUGUCAUAGCCUCAAGCUCCAUCUAAAGAAAUACGACCAUCGCCGUGUUCCUGACGGGAUGGAUAUAGGCGACACGUCACCCACACAAAACUUUGGCUUAAAGUUGGACGCUCCAUCUCCGGCCACUACGCUGGCCCAAACGUUAGGAUUGGCCCCCAUAGUCACUAGCCAGAGCUUAAAUUAUGCGAGUCAGAUGCUCCUGAGACAGCAUCAGAUGGAACAAAUGAGCUCGCUGAUCAACGGUCUUCCAACGCUACCUCAACCUUUGAAAUGCGCUGCCUGCGAUUUCCAAACAAACUCUCAGGAGGAGCUAAUGCGGCACAACGUCAGCCACUUCCUUACUCAGUCAAAUCAAAGUCCUAUCGCCAGCCUUUAUCAAGCAUUGCCUCAGGUAUACAUUUUAAAUUCUAAUUUUUUCGAUCUUUUACCCAAUCAUAAUAAUGGCACACAAUCAACAAAGUCCUUCCAGAUGAACUCCUUUGCGCCUCCACUUGAAACCGUUGUAGACAAGCAUGUCAACGUAGAAACUCAUGAAGAGCGUGACAGCGGUCAUGUGGGUGACGACGAGAUGGAGGGCAGUACUGGCAGCACUAGCAGUCCUCAUUGUAGUUCUAAAGGUUCCGGUGAUGAAAUUGAGCAGCCUGGUAGGAAAAUUAAAGCGUUCAAAUUGGAUCAGAUAAGUCAGCGACUGCAAGGAAAGAGCCCAACUGGAAGUGAGGACAGUGAUGAAAAGGAGACUGAGGAUGUGAGCUUUGAAGUAAAACAAAAUUUAGCUACAAAUAUAUUCAAGAUGAGGUCAGGGCAGAUUCCAGAUUCAACUUGUAUUUGGUAUCUCAUACACCACGUUGAAUCUUCCGUCUCACCGGCCCCAGAUCCGCCAGCUUCUAACUCCACGUCCGUAGUUAGGGCAAUCGCUCAACCUUUUAUGUCUAUUGCUCCCGAAAACAACCUGAACAUCUUUCAACAAGCCUAUCUUGCGCAGUUGAGUGCGCUUGCCGCCAGAAGAGAUGAGGCUUCUUGGCGGUUCCAGUGUCAGCAUUGUAGGAUGGCUUUCCAGGACCAGGCUCUCUACAAUAUUCACAUGGGCUACCAUGGCUACGAACACGUAUUCAAGUGUAAUAGGUGUGGUCAUAUUGCUCCCGACUCGCUAACCUUCAAUCUGCAUCUGCUGCAGGCGUCUCAUGAAUAG